AUGGCUUGCACAGCCGCCCAAAGUGAUAGGGCAAAGCGAGAACCAGGAACCAGGAGCCAGGAACCAGGAGCCAGUCAGUCCCUGACAGCCGGUCUUGAACCGAGUCAACCGACUAUGGGGGACGAAUUUGUGCCUCCCGUGAGAGCGCUGCUGAAGGCCAUCGACGCUGGCAUCAAGAUCGCUGGCAGACUCGUUGCAUCUGCGAGUAGAGUACCGGCUGGGAGAGCACUGCAGAUUUCCGAUACAGCGCAAUACCUGCAGAUAUCAUUGACACAGAGCUCGCAGGCGAUCGUGGAAGCUUACCGCCAGAAUGUAGCGAUAUGCGGGGAGCCGUUCACCAAGGCUCUGGUGGAGGACAAUACUAUUCAAAAACAGCUACAGGAUCUCAAGAACGAGGUACGCGAUAAGAUUGACGACAUAGAGGAGGACUCGGAAAUGUUUGACCCAGCGACCUGCGUUGAUGCGCUGGAGGAAGCCAAAAAUUGCAGCGCAACUUGUGUGAAUAUCUUCGAGGGUCUGCGAGAGCAACUACACGCGAGUCAGAGACUUGCGAAGAUGAGGCUGGAGAGGUUGCCUACACUGCGGAAACCGCUGCCGCCAACUUCUCGUACACUCAACUGUCCCGAUUCGCCUACCGAACCACUUCAGAUCAACAACACCGUUAUAGAAGAUCCUCCCAGGCUUCCUGCGAGGACCGAGAGCCCCUGUGCUAUCAACGGCGCUUCUCAUUUCCACCUGCGGACGCCAGCCCGUAGCGGCGCUAGUUCUGCUCAUCAGAGGCAACGAUCGUCUCGGGAUAUAUCACCACCAUCUCCUCCAGAUGGGGAUAAAGGACUAAUACCGAGGGAGGCUGUCCGCUCUCGAGUAGAUGCCAAUGACGAGUUCCUGGAAAGACGCAGGCAGUCAAAGUUGUCAUUUUUGAUCGAAAUGAGGAAAUCCGUGUCUUCAAUUGAUGAAGAGCGAGAAAGGAAGUCGCUCGUCGAUGUCCCACGGCCUGGCUCUCCCAACUUUGGAAGCGCAACUAUAGCAACAAGUAUAGCAACAAGUCCAGUCGAAGCACGAAGUUCGCGGCUGAGCUUGAGCGGUCACGAUAUAUUGAUGACGAGAGAAAAAAGUCAAGGUCAGGCUUCUCAGGGGACCAGGAGCUCAAGAACUAGCUCAAUCCUUCAAGAUACCUGUCAGUCUCCAAGGCAGGAUAGCCGAGACUCAAUACUGGGUCUCAGAGCAGCACCUUUGAGCCCUCCGCUCAGUGAACAUGGAACUUCAAUAGGUUCAGGCGGAACCGAGACUUGGCGAACCCUAGUGGGUGAAGCGAUCGCUACAACCCUCCAGACUCCUGAUUUUGGAAAGGGGGUUGAGCCAGGUAUCGAAGUUGUAACGGGUAUUGACCAUGAGAACGAGAAGAUUGCUGUGGGCCCUGAUGAGUACCACCAUCCAACACCGACUGCUUCAAUGGAGUCGGUUGACUGUCCCAUACGGCAUGAUACUUCUUUCUACAAAUUUGGUGGUUUCUGCGAAGGCUCAAAGGCAGUUUUGCGAGGAGAGAAUGGCUUCAAGAUUGUGAAAAGGCCAGCCGGACAUUACAGUGCAACAAUCUCAGCGCGAUGCGUGAAGUGCUCAUAUGAAAUUGGAUGGAACGACGUCGAGAAAGACCGUUUACUAGAGCGGUCCGGGAUCCACGGAAGCAGCGGAAUCAGAUGGCGCCAAAGAUUCAUCUCCAAAUGCCACGUCAAGACAAACUCGCUCAAAGAGCCCGUCUACGCCUGCAUCUUCUGCAUCGACGAGCACAAAACAAUCGAGGACCACGACGCCACCGUCUUCUUCUCCGUCCCCCAACUCCUCAGACACCUCGCCAAACAUCCCCGGCCCUUGCCCGCCAUCAGUGGGAUCACCAUCCUAUACGGCUUCGUGCUCCCUGAAGUCGUCGACUUUGACAUCCACUUCACUACUGCUCAGCCCACUUUACCACCAUACAGCAUGUCUGAAAUCGCGCAGAAGGUCGCGACACGACCCUCUGGCCAAGCCACAUCAAACCACCAUCCUAAAAAUGAGCGCAGCAGUUCACGGGAUCCCGAAGGCCACCCUGUGCUGAAAUUCGCGAACGGAGCGAGGAUCGUAGGGAUCACGUUCCCCGAACGCUUCGGCGGGAAAUGGUGUGUAGGCUACCACGACGGCGAUCGCGGCGCCUUUCCAGCCGGCGAGAUCAUGCUGGAAAUGCCAGCCAAAGAGGACGUAUUGAUGAACCCGCAAAGCAGCCUCCUCGCCGUUGCGCGGUGGGACUUCAAGCCCAAGGACAUGAAGGACGGGGGCUGGCUGCGCUUCAGUAAGGGGGACAGGAUAAGCUGCAUCGGCUAUACUUUCCAAGAUCAGUGGUGCUGGAGUGGACAGAGCAGCAAGGGGAAGUGGGGGCUGUUUCCCGCGGCCUUUGUGGAGGGUUUACAGGAUGGUGGCAGAUCGGGGACGAGUCCGAGGUUGGGGAGUAGUAGUGCGGAUAGUAAUGCGAGGAGUGGGUUUGGAUUGAGCGGACGCAUACCGAGCUUUCCGCGGAGCAGGCAUCGGAGUCCGAGGCAGCAGGCUGGGAGUAACUUGAGCAUCCGGAGUUCGGGGAGCGCUGGGAGUAUGAAUCAGCAGCAGGCUGGGCUGGAGGUGGUUCAAUGA